CCCUAUAUAAUGGAUGAAGGUCUGGUCUACGAUCCACACAACACAUACACUGAAAUCCAGUCAUCUCUAGUUCUCCCCUGACCUUCUGCCGUUACGGCGAGCUGUUCUCUCCAUCAUGGCCAAGAACUACGGCGAACUCUACAACAUCCUCGGCUGGGGUGACCCCUACUUCGCGGUGAACGCGGAGGGCCACCUCUGCGCUAAGCCACAUGGCCGUGAGACGAUGCCCGGUCAGGAGAUCGACGUCCACUCAGUCAUCGUGAAAGCUUUAGCGACCACCACCAAUGACAAGAAAAAGGUCCAGUUCCCCAUGAUCCUCCGCUUCCCCGACGUGCUCAAGAACCGUCUCGACUCGCUCCAUGCUGCAUUCAAGGGCGCCAUCGACAACUCCGGGUACAUGUCCAGGUAUCAGGGCGUGUUCCCGAUCAAGGUGAAUCAGAACAAGACCAUUGUGCAGGACCUGAUUAACUUCGGCUACAGCGAGAGCUAUGGGCUCGAGGCUGGCUCCAAGCCUGAACUGCUCAUCGCAAUGAGCUGCCUCACCAAAGCCAAGCCUGGAGCCUACUUGAUAUGCAAUGGUUACAAGGAUGCGGACUACAUCGCGCUCGCGCUCUCGGCGCGAGCCAUGGGCCUGAACGCCAUCAUCGUGCUGGAGAUGGAGGAGGAGCUUGACAUCGUCAUCGAGCAGAGCAACAAGCUGGGAAUAGAGCCGGUCAUCGGUGUUCGCGCCAAGCUUCUCACUAAGAUACCAGGCCACUUCGGGUCGACGGCCGGCAAGCACGGAAAGUUCGGCCUGCUCGCUGAGAAGAUCUACGAGGUGGCCGAGAAGCUCAAGAAGAUCGACAAGCUGCAGUGGCUCAAACUGCUGCACUUCCACGUCGGCUCCAUGAUCCCGACGACGGAGAUAGUGUACAAUGCAGCGAGUGAGGCCGCUGGCAUCUACUGCGACCUGGUGAACAAGUUCGGCGCGGAGAUGACCACGCUGGACUGUGGUGGCGGGCUCGGAAUCGACUACGACGGAACCCGGUCGGGAAGCUCCGACAUGUCGGUGGCGUACGGGCUGGAGCAGUACGCGUCCAGCAUUGUGCAGGCAGUGCGGCUCAAGUGCGAGUACAACGGCGUCCUGCACCCGGUGCUGUGCACCGAGAGCGGGCGCGCCAUGGUGUCGCACCACUCCAUGAUCAUCCUUGAAGCGCUCUCGGCGAUCCCAGAGCCGCAAGAGGAGGACACCCCUGAGCAGCUGCUGAGCAAGAUCCAGGACCUCUCUUCGAAGCAGCCGAGAGCUGCAGUUCGUGGCGGCAACGGCGCGGCGGCCAUGUACUCGCACGCUAUAGACCUCAAAAAGCAUGGCAUCGAGAUGUACAAGCUGGGCAAGAAGCUAUCCAAGAGGGUCACCGGCGACUCCAGCACCAUCUACAACUACCACAUGAACCUCUCCGUCUUCUCGCUGGUGCCCGACUUCUGGGGCAUCGGGCAGCUCUUCCCGAUGAUGCCGGUGAGCCGGCUCGACGAGAAGCCGACGCUCAUGGGCACGCUCGUCGACAUCACCUGCGACAGUGACGGGAAGAUGGAGAAGUUCAUCGGCGGGAGCGAGACAUUGCCGCUGCACCCGCUGGACCCGGAGCUCGGUGGCUACUACGUGGCUGCGCUCCUAUCCGGGGCGUACCAGGAGGCCUUGGCCUGCAAACACAACCUAUUCAGUGGCCCGACCCUCGUGCGUGUCAAGAGUUCCGGCAGUGAUGGUGCCUUCGACAUCGUCUCGGUCAACUUGGGCCCGACGACGGAGGAGGUCAUCAGCACCAUGAGGUACAACGUCGAUGAAGACAUUAGCAGCGUCAUCGAGGAGCUCGCCAAGAAGACCGAAGUGUGGGCGACGGUGGAGCCGCUUAUGACGAAGGGGCUUACCACCAUGCCCUACCUCAACGAAUACAAGGCCCCCAAAACCACUUGAGCUUCCGCAGUUACUAUCAAAUUACGGGUGCUUAUUAUAUAUCUUUGGUGUUGUUUAGACGCUUCUUAUAUAAAAUAAGAAAUGCCUGGUCCGUGAUGAACGUACGGGCUGAUGAAGCAGUCUAUGCAUGUACCUCGUCUCGCUUGCUCUGCUUGCUUCUUGUUCUAUUAUCCAAUAAAUAAACAAAUUCACUGGUGUGAUUUGCUACA